CGACGUGUUUUUCAUACAGAGAGAACUUGGAUCUUGUCUAUGAACUAUAUAUAUAUAUACAUAUAUAUAUUAUCUGUUAUUUGUAUCAAUCAUUAGGCUUUGGCCACGCUGGAGCACCAUAUACACUUUCUCUGUCUCGCACAUAUUUCCGUGUAUUUUAUAGUUUGUUUUGAAGAAAUCUACAGCCACGUUUAUCAGGCUACUUAUAUCUCUGUAUAAUUAAUUGAUUAAUGAAUUAAUUGUUAUUAUUAUUAUUAUCGUGAUGUGUUCGCCGAUAAACAAAUCUCGUCCAUGUGAGACGAACGGGGACCGAACCUCUAGACCUGGGUCCUUUAAUUUAUUACCGCGAACACAAUUCGAUUACAACCCCCCGUAUCUCCGCCAACCUAAAGAAAUCGGUUGUUUUUCACUAGAUUUAGACCGUAAAAUAUCUUGCGACAAAAGUCAGCUACGAUAUUAUAUCGAACCAGAAACACCUGACGAUGUUUGUAUGAAUUUAAGGGAGGGUUACAAAGAUCUCAUACAGAAAGACGAAAGCAAAAAAGACUUGUUAGAUGAUAUUUUAAGAUGGAUCAGUUGUCACCGAAGCCUAUUUUCUCUUUCGAUUCCAUCCUCUAAGUCUUCUGAUUCUGACAAACAACACUGCAGGACAUCUCAAGAGAAACUCAACACUGACUUUAUCAGCUGGAGAGGGUGUCUGACCCGACUGAUGUGUACCCCGUACGAAAACCGUGACGGUUGGCUUCUCGCAGUCACCCGAUUCAACGAUACGUUUUUCCUGUGUGAAUUUAACACCGAAGAGAAGAUAGAACUUGAAGCUAAUUGCACAGAUCGUCAACGUGAAAUGUGUUAUUGGGGUGUGAAAUUUGAACAAUAUCUCACUUCUGCUACAAAAGAAUCAAAGCCAGACACAACAGGCAUUGUUAAUAAUUGUGAAGCUUUCUGCUCUGUGGUCAGAACACGUCUCAAAAGCCAUUCUUUAGUGUUUGCGGGAGAGGUCGACUGUAUCUGUCCACAGCAGAAAGAAUACAUUGAACUGAAGACGUCGAGGGAAAUCUAUAAUAAGUCACAGGAUGACAACUUCAAAAGAUUCAAGCUAAUCAAGUGGUGGGGCCAGAGUUUCCUGAUUGGAGUUCCAACCAUUGUUUGUGGUUUCCGAGAUGACGACGGAAUCGUUCAUCGUUUACAGAAGUACCACAUCAAUAUGCUGCCGAAUUUGGCCAAAGAUUUACCAAACUCAUGGUACCCUAAGGUUUGCAUCAACUUCUUGGAUCAGUUCCUUAAUUUCAUUAAAGAGACUGUUAAAGACAAUGACCACAGAAGUGUCCACUUAUUUAGUCGGGAACCAAAAAAAUACAAUAACAUCCGAUAUCAAUAUCUGGGAAAAGAUUCAGAAUAUAAUUUUAUUCCUGAUUGGUUUGUUGAGGAUUCUGGAAAUAAAGGAAAUCAAACAGAAAAUCUAUUGUUGAAACGCAAGUGACCAAUACAGACAUAGACUUCCCUGUUUACCAUCUCUGGGACCAUGGAACAUCAUGCAACAAGCUUACCUGGAGCACCUGGAUAUAAGGCAUUGCAUUAUAUCAUUUCACAUCUCACAGUUUUGUGUUCAAAUCCCACUUUAGUGAAAUUUUAUUUUUUAUUUUCUAUCUCCUCUUCCUUUAUUCCUCAUAACUCACCCUUUCAUUCACCCUCCUUUCUUCCAGGGUCAGUCAAGUAUUCAGGGUAGCUGGAGUUCUCCAGUCCUGUAAAGUUUUACAUGGGUGUGGCCUUGACCUAGGAGAAGACUACACCCAUGUAAAACCUACAGCUUGCUGGUCACCUCAGCUGUCUUGGCCUGCCGAGUCCUUGUAAUCAGACUACCAAGUUUAUAGAGCUGAAUAAUAUUACACAGACUGGUUUUCGCUUUAAGGGCAAGCAGGACAAAAAACCUGAAGCAUCAAGGGUCAGUCUACAUAGCUACUUCAGGGCACAUUGCUUUUUCUCGUGACCUUCAAGACAUGUUGAAACUGCUAUCACAAUAUAUUAGGGGCUUUCAUACAGUUAACAGACUAAACAACUAAUCUUAUAAAUAAAAUAUAUUUCAAUAA